AUGACAGAGAAAAAGGCCUCACUGAAGAAGAAAAUGUCGAUUUCGACAACUCAUGACACCCGACCGCGUCUGAUCAUCGGUUUGGACUUCGGAACCACAUGGAGCGGUAUUGCAUGGGGUUUAGAGAGCUGCCCAGGCGAUGUAGAGGUUAUCCAGUCAUGGCCUGGUGAUGGGAACAAAACGACCGAGAAAGUGCCCACUCUUCUGGCAUACCGUGACUCAAAGCUCGCUUGGGGUCAUCAGGUAGAUCAUCCUGGAAAUCGACUGGAUGAUACGAUCGAAGGCGUCAAGCUUCUUCUCGAUGAGAAGCAGAUUUAUCGAUUCGAACCAGCCAGCCAUUCAAAGCAAAUCAUUAAAAAAAUGAACAAAACACCGGUUGAUGUUGUCGCAGACUACUUGGAACGGCUCGUGGCGCAUUUGAUGGAGGUUUUGAACCGCCGAUUCUCGACUGCGCUACAAACCAUGGAGCUUCGGUAUAUUCUGACAGUUCCAGCUGUCUGGUCUGACAAAGCGAAAGAUGCCACACUGAGAGCUGCGCAUAUGGCCAAAAUCCCAGCAUCCGCCUUGACAUUGCUGGCUGAGCCAGAAGCAGCUGCGGUUUAUGCCAUACAAACUAUUCAGCCAAAUUCAAUCAAGGAUAUCAUCACCUACCGGAUCACUCAAACCGAGCCGUUGAGAUUUUCGGAGGUUACCGAAGGCACUGGUGCCGUAUGUGGAUCCGUCAUGUUGGAUGUGCGCUUCGAAGAACUACUGCGGCGUAUCUACCAAGACGAGUAUUCCCAUGAAAUCCCCCAGGGUGCACUAAAUGUUGCGUGCCGAUACUGGCAGGAUUACAUCAAGCCCACAUACAGGGGACCGGUUGACGAGACAGAAUUUGCAGAGAUGCCCUAUCGUGUGUCACUUCCAGGAGCAGCAAUCAAGUCUGCACCCUCUGGGUUUAAUCGGAGAUUUUGGUCCAAGGAAUCUACGAUCAAAUCGGGAACCCUUGGGUUUGAUGGGGGAUUUUGGUACAUGGAGCGUGAGCAAGUGAAGGAAAUCUUUGAUCCCAUCGUCAAGCAAAUUGAAGCCCUCAUUGCCGACCAGGUGGUGCAAGUUAAGGGCAAAAAACUAUCCGUCAAGGUCGGCAUCAUAUUGGUCGGGGGACUAGGCUCGUCAGAGUAUCUUUACCAAUGCCUUCGCACCACAUUCGAUGGGAUUGAAGUCAUGCAGCCCAAAAAUGCAUGGUCUGCAGUUGUCCGGUAUGGCCUUCAUAUCAUCUAUUUCAAUAGGCCUUCAGCUAAUGGUAAUAGUGGUGCGGUCAAUUGUGGCCAGGAAGGGAACCAAGUUGACAAUCGUAUGGCUCGAUGCAAUUAUGGUAUUAACCACUCGCACACCCUGGGUUGUCACAAACCAAAAACCGGACCUUCACGGUGGUGCCCAUACGAGGAAACAUGGAAGCGCGAUGACUACAUGAAUUGGUAUAUCACAAAGGUUCGUAUUACGACCCUAAAAGGCACAAGAUUCGCCUGUACAUGUACAGAUUAA